AUGGCCGAGCCCAGCCCGAAAAGGCUCAAGAGCGGCCUGCCCCUGUGCGCCGUCCACCGCCGCGGCGGAGCCCUGGGCCGGCGGGUGCGGCAGAGCUUCCCGGCCGCGGUGGAGGAGGGCUUGUGCGGGGUGGCCGCCGCCCUGCUGGAAGCCGCCUACGCCUUCCGGAUGAUGGGUGAAAUCUUUGAUCUCUCUGAUAUGAGUCUACCAAACGUUGCAAAAUUCUUCUGGGAACAGGAAAAGGAGGAAAGGGAAGCAGCAGAAGUACUGAUACAAUACCUGCAUGACCGGGGAGGCCUGUACUGUACCAAAGUUAUCCAGAAACCACCCAAUGUUCAUAUAAAUGGUGUGGCAGCCGCUCUGGAAGUUGCCUUAACACAGUGGAAGAUGCUGGCAGGCUAUUUUGAGGACCUUUAUGCUAUGAGUAUCAAGAACUCAGACCCCCACACGGCAGGCACAAUUAAGAAGCAGUUUCUAGCACCCAAGAUCCAGAAGAUCAAGCUGAUGGGAGAUCUAAUUACCAAUGCUCGCAGGCUUAGGAGUGCCCAGGAUGGCAGAGGUGACCUUGAGAACUAUCUUAUAGACCGCUUACAAAAAGAACUAAGGGUUGAGCCAAAUUCAGAAGCUCACCGCCGUCCCCGUACACCACUUCAGAAAUGUGCAGGAACUGCAAAGGGGGGUGCAGCUGUUGCCAGAGGACUUGCCACAGCAGAAUAA